GUCCUCCGUUUACGGUGUUCCCGGCGCGCGACAUUUUCUCGCAGUUUUUUUUUUCCCCCCUCUCUCUCUCUCAAUUACCGAUUCAUUGUGAUCGUGGUCUUGCACCGCGGCUGGCCUCUGCACAAAUUUUGCGCCCUCAUCGUUUUCUCUUGGUGAUUGAGAGGAGAUCACGUUAUAUAGAAGGCAAAUUGAAGCGAUACCCAGUUGAGCAAAAAGUGGGUGGGGUGGAAGUAGCUCCAAUUACUGCUCUCACACGAUAAAUGCUGUCCAAUGGCGGCUAGAUCGGUAAGUGCUUGGAUCAGAAGUCCUUGCGAAAGCCAGAGAAACAUUAUUGGAAACAACAGAAGGAUUUAUGACCACUGUAGCUUAAGCUUCAGAUGCAAAAAUCCAUUAUAUGGUGGAUCCUUCUCUUUCAUCUCGUCAAUAGAACAUGAUGUUUGUCUUUCAAAAGUAUGGGUUGCUGCAGAUUAUUCAGAUUCCAUACCUGAUUCCUCCAACUGUGGGGGAAAUAUGGGCUACCACCCACUUGAAGACGUGAAAGAGCGCAAGAGAAAGGACAAGAUGCUCACAGAUGCUGAAAUAGCUAGGACUGUUGCUGAGGCCAAUAACAGGGCUUUGUUGGUAUUCCCAGGCAUAGUACACCGUGAGCCACAUGGUCAUGCCUCAUGGUUUGAAUAUCAGUAUGCCAUUGAUGCUUAUGGAGAUAUGUAUUUUGAAAUUUAUGAUUAUGAAAACAUCAUGCAAGAUCGUGAAGCUAGCAAUCCUGUGAACGUUUUAAUUGGAUUGGACAUUCCAAUUUAUAAAGCUAACAAGGGAUUGAAUGAUGAUGCUUACGAAUCACCAGACAUUGGCAGUGGUGAUGAAAUAUAUUUCGAGGAUGAUGAUCAUGAGGAGAGUGAUGAGGUAAAUACGCCAGCAUCUUCAACUGAUUGGGGAUAUCCAGAUUCUAUGCACUGGGUUCAUCCAAUGUAUUUUGCAAGACAUGUAACAAAGGCCGUUGAUAGCAAGUAUAGGGAUAUGAUGGACCAUCCAUCAAAUGGGAUUUCAAUUCUUGGUCUUCUAAGACCUGCCUUAUUAGAUGAAGAAUAUUAUUUAAGGAGGUACUUCUAUGGUGAAGAAGGUGAUGAUCAUUCAUCAGAUUGGAAAGAUGAAUCAGAUAAGGAACUGGAGCAAGUGACUUCAACUUCUGAUUUAAUAGAUGGUGAUUUCUUGAGGCUGAAUAUGAAAGACAGUGGAUCUCAGUUUAGCUCCACACUUUACAAGCUGGAGAUUGUCAACAUUCAGCUUUUUAAUGUCUAUGGCAAUCAGCGUGGGGUUAGCUUGCAAGAUUUUCAAGAAGCUGAACCUGACAUCCUUGUACAUUCUGCUUCAGCAAUCAUAGAUCACUUUAGUGAGUAUGGAAUGAAUUGUACUGCUGCUCUGAGGACUCUCUGCCGGAAAAAGAAAGGCUUGAAAGUAGAGGGAGCUAAUAUAAUUGGUGUCGAUAGUCUUGGACUGGAUGUACGAGUGUAUUCUGGAGUUGAAACCAAGACACUUCGUUUUCCAUUUAAUACUCCAGCCACAUCUGAAAGUUCUGCAGAGAAGAAAAUCCAGCGAAUGCUAUUUCCAAGGCAUCAUCGAAAGAACUCAAAACCACCAAAUGAUGCAUAUGAGGAUGCGGAUUCUUUCUGAAAGAUGGAGUUGUAUCUACAAUAACCGUGUAAAUGAUUCAUUCGAGCAGUCCCUUGAAGGUUUUUUGAGAUGUUAUCUAAAGCACCUGCAAGAAUAUGAGAAAGAGGUCCAUGGAGCAUACUGUCUUGACUUGAGGGGCAUGUUCUAGUGAAUCUUCUUUUGGCACUUGUGAGGCCAAAAUCCAUAAACAAUUAGGCUAAUUGAUUCUACCAUUUUUGCCUCAUUGGAUAUCUCAUUCUUAAACUAACGGUUCAUGAGAGGAAUUUAUGAUAGAUUAGGUGGUGGCUCUUUCUUAAUUGAAAAGCAAACCAGUACAAAAGUUGUCCAACUCUAAGGCAACCAAUUGGGAGGGGAUCAAUAACUAUAAUGUAACAAUUUCAAAUUUAGCUUUCAAUUAUUUA